UUCACCGUUGUAUAUGAUUUAAUAAAUAGUUUUUAACGUCAUAAAGAUAAAGCUUUGUAAAAACAUUCGAUAGAAAGUGUAUUUUGAAUGAAGAGCGUUCGUUCAUGUUAUCUUCGCGACAUUCGCCUUUUACGCAUUUUGUAAGUAAAUGCAGAUUUCCGUUAUCCUUUUAUCUUAUUGAAUACCACGCCGGGUUUUAGCUAUCGCCUCUCUGUAAUCAUUCGCUUCCUCGUUUCUUCUUUACUUUACGGAUGGCCGCGGCGUUCUCCUACUCUUUGGGUCAUUUGGAGCGAGAUCUUCCUCCACCGCGUGUCCUCUUGCCAUCUCUUCGUCCUCCUGUUACCGUCCUGACGACAAGACUGUUCAGUCGUUAUACGACCUUCAUCCAGGGUUACGUUCUUUCUUGCGGCUUUGAUUUAUUACCCACGUUGAUUGCAUCCAAGGAAGAAGUGAUUUUUCAACAAAGUCACAUUUAGCACAAACUUACGCGAUUGCUAUGUUUGAUUAAACAUCAGAUGUUACAUCGAAAAUCGUGUGUGGAUAAAUUAGUGAACAAUCACAAAAGUAGGAAUUGCGAGAAGCUGAAAGGUGGCCUCGACCCGUCCGUGACCUUAUACUGUUCUUCCACGUAAUUGAGGCAUCAUAUAUGAGAGAUGCGGAGACGCCUGUGGAUGCUCCUCGUCCUUCUGGUAUGUGUGUCAGGUGAAUACCUGAUGGGCGGCCACUUGGACAACAAUGCGGGGUCAACGACUCGAUCCGGUAAAAUCGACAGCUCUUCCGUGUUGGGACGUAAAACACGUCUGGACGACCUUGACCUGGAUCUCGUUGCGGCAGAGAGCACCAUUACUGCUGACACUGAGACUUCAACCGGCGAUGACGGUGUUCCACGUUACCAUAUCCCGCCUUUCGCCUUCAAUGGCGGCAAACCAUUCUCUCUGGAAAAGGAUCCGAUAACCGGUAAGAUCGACUUCGAGAAGGCACCGCCUGUCAAAGCUCUCAACUACACCGGUCGGUAUCGCGAGCGAGAGGACAAAGAAAGCAAAGACGGUGAUGAUAGCAGGGGUGUUGAGGGGAGUGUGUACGCAAGGCAGGAAAAGAUAAGGAACAAGGAUAGGAACGGCCCGAACGAGAUCACACCUAACUUUCACGAUUUCCUCAACUCACCCGUUCAUUAUUCUUCGGACAAAUAUGGAAAUGAUAAGUACCCGUUGAUCUCGAAUUCGUACGCGAAUACGAAGGUACAGAGCGGUACCAACAGUUACAGCACGUACAAUCAUAGACAUUCGGAGAGCGAUCUAUAUAUACAUCCCGUCAAAAGCUAUCCAUCGACAAAAACGAGCACGUACAGAACUACGACUGUCAACGAUCUUAAAACGAAAGAGACAAGCACUACGAGUCCUUUAACGACUUUCGCAUCACCGAUCACGACAAACUCUGCGCUUUCUACCUCAACUAAAGCACCCGUUGUAACUACGUGGAAACCGUUCAAUACUGCGAUCACAUUUCAUUCAAUCGACCGUUUUGAGGCGGAAAAUGAGAAGAACCUUUUACCAAUAGAAAAGCUGCAUGCUUCCACUCACACGGGAUCUUAUCAAAAUUCAAGCAACGUUUCGACGAAGUCUCCAAAUGAAGGGACAACGGAUAAGGUGCAGGUCACUAGUCGUUACAAGGAUCAAUCGAAUUUUGACAAUUUGGUAGUAGCCCACGAAACGAAACCGCAAAACGAAGAACAUAAAGAGUCGUACGAUAUCUACGAGUCAAACGGUGAAAGCAAUAAUGAAGAUAACUAUUCUUAUUUAUGGUUGGAUUUAUUAAAGGAAGAUGACACGUCGACAUCAACUAUGACCACUUCCAGUACAACGACGUCGACGACAACUGCAAGCAUCACUACAACGUCGACGGUUCCCAAGUCAUCAGUAGAAACCACGAUGUCGACUACGGUUGCGCCUUUGCGUUCCGCAUCUUCAACGCUAUCUACGAUUCAAAAAGACAUACCUGCGAACAAACCAUUGCAAUUCCCAACGGUAUCGCACCAUCCGAUUAGCCCAUCGUCACCCUUCAAUAGAUACAGACCGAAUCCGAUAAUCAAAUUUAAUGAUGAACCUAACAGAAUGGGAGCGCCAGUGAUAGAGAGCACGAGUAACAUCGUGGUACCACCGGAUCAAAAUACGGUGUCCUUUGUUCUGGGAAAUCGCCAAAACGUCGACGGUGGUUAUUAUUCGGUCGGAACAGCCGUUGGAGAAAAUCUUUACAGUGGCUCGUCCGAGACCAAUAUAUUCUGGCCGCUUCGUAAUGAUCCACACAAUCCCUCGAAAGAAGUCAAACACGAGCACUUGCCUAUUUCCGUUACCGAAUUGAAUCCCGACCGCGUUACGCAGAAGUGGUCCAGUCCUAGCCCUCUGAAAAACAGCAAUGAAAUUAGUCCGACAAGACCUCAAAGCCCUCUUCUUGCCGUCACGGUAAUUCAAGAUACGAAGAACGCAAGCAAGGAUUCCGGCUACGUAAUUUUCCCGGAAGAAGAACAAACGAAGAACAAAAAUACAUUGAAGGAGGAGCACACUGUGAUCAUAAAUGAAGCGGAUGGCAGCAUUCACGAAUUACCGCCUAAAAUAACAUUGACAACGUCGACGUCAAUGAACAAAACGAAGUUCAAUCCUCUCGCGAACGUCGUCGCAAAUAUACCACAGCUCGCUGAGGAUCUGAUGCCACCCGCAGAGAGCACCAGACCGCCGUCAAAUUAUUAUUACCAGUUUGAGCCGCCGAGAUCGAAUCAAGUGAGGCCACAGAGAUUACCCUUGCCGCCGCGUAUCAAGCCGCAUCUGGGUCCAGUACCUCCGAUGGACGUGGGAAUAAGGAAACGUCCAUAUCCAGCGGAUACGAAGCUGCCUAACAUUUUACCCCAAUUCCGACCUAACGCGAAAGCGUCACAUGGUCAUCGUAGUCCGGAUGUAAUAGGAACGAUGGCAGCCGGGCAAAGUGUACCCACGAGGAUCAGACAGCCGUUGCCGGUUCAUCCGUCACGAAGACCUCUACCGCUACCACCACUCUCGCAUCCGCCACUCUUGCAUCUUCAGCGCUUGAAUCCACCACCGCCACCGAUCCAUGCUGUCAAACUGGCCUUCACGCCGACUUCGAAGAUGGACGGUGCCAUCCUACCUCACGAGAUGGACCCGACGAUACGAAGACUUCGUCCCCCGAUACUGCCCGGGAUACCUAAUUCCAUAUCGCGCCCAGAGGAGAACGCACCGUCGAAUAGAUUGCUUUCUCAUAGUGGUGAUGGCGAGGGCAGUGAAAGCAGAAAUGAGGAUCGGGGUAAGAGCGAGAUUGCGGACCGCGAGAGUGAAGGUCCGGAAAAAUAUCCGGAGGAACCGCCAAUGACACCGCCUAGACCACCGUUGUUCCCAAAACGUAGAACGGCGGAUCCACCGCGCGUCACGACCCUGCAGAUGAUACAGCAUCAUGGUGAAUUCGGCGACGAAGGUGAUGAGGCUCAACUGGCGCAAUCCGUGGAACCUGUGCUUGCGCACGAAGCGGAGCGUAGAAAAUCGGACAAUCACGAUCCGUCCGAAAUACCAGAACAACCCGUGUACGUGGUGUACCCGGUCAACACCGCGGUCAACAUACAUUCGGACGAUUCCAAUGAGAAAGACGGCAGCGUCGUCGUGGGUACGCGAGGCCCUCAGCGACCGCUACCGCCUGAUACUCUGCUACAAAAUGAACAGGAUGAUACGCAUACCGUCUACAGUGGCAGACCAGUUGCUUUGGACUUCCCCUAUCCGCUAGAACGGCCCGAUCCAUCCUCCGUCUUUCCCGUCGGCGUGAAGGAGACACCCGUGUUGAUACCCAGCGAACAGCGACAGCAGCAACAACAGCAGGCUUCCGCCGCGAUUGCAAACGAGCGAGAGAACGAGAAAAACGAUGCGGUGAAUGUUAUUCCAUAUUUACAGGAUUUCUCACCGUAUCGAAAGAAAAACGAUGCGGCGAUCUCCGUAACGUUGCAUCGCAUACCACCGAUCGCGACGUCGUCGAGCUUGAUAUCAACCGCGUCGACGUCGACCUCGACGCCGAUCGCUUAUGUUUACACACCGACGCACGCGCCACAUCCGGCACAUCUUGACAAAGAACUCGAUGUCGAUGGUGAUGCUGCCGUAAGCAUCGACGCGAAGCAAACAGAGCUACUGCCUUCGCAGCAGCCAUCCAGCUCUUCUAGCUCAGCACCGGCACCGCAAAACUUCAUGGCUCCUUUCGUGGCUAGUAUAAGCGCCGAAACGCCCAGCAAGAAUGGUUGGAGUGUCGUCGUCGUCGAACCACCCGCAGGAGCGGAGAAGAAAUCGGAUAGUGGUAGCGCCGAGGAGAAACCUGCCGACUCGGAGAACGAUACGCAGACCGAGAGGAAUGAAUUCGAUGCUGAUAAUUUUAAGCCGCAGCUCUUCGGUGGUUUCAAGCCGCUCUACGAAUUUCCCACAGAGGACGUGGAGCGUCACGACGUCGCCAAUAUGGACACAGAGAUAAAUAUGCCCAGGCACUCCAAAGAAAUGUUGCCUGUACCUGAUAGAGGAUAACUUUUAAAGAAUAUCGGCCACUUCAUUUCUUUUCUCUUGAGUUUUGCUCUUGGACAUUUCGCUCGCACUCAUUAUUACUCUUCUCACGUAUAUGUAAACGAAAACGUUGGCGAAAGCAAAAACGAAAGGGAAACGUAUGCGCGUAGUAAAGAGAAUGAAGAGCGAAUGUCUCUGUGCGCUGCUCGAUGAAAAGAUUUUUCGCGAUAGAGUUAAUUCGAACAGUAGAAGACUGUACUUUAUUUUUAUUCCGCUUAAUAUAUAAGAACGUCGCGAUAUAAAAUGAUAUAUGAUUUAUGCAAUGACUAGCAUUUGUUAAACUAUGCUCUGCGGUAGCAUUAACAUCAGCUAAGUAUUGAAAUACGUAGAAAAUAUUAAUGCACGUAUCGCUAAGUAUAAACGUAUCGAAAGUAUUAAAAUGUUGAAUAAAAAUAUUAAUAUAAGUUUUUUAUGGACAA